AUGCAAAGGACCGUCGUUACCAUCAACAGCAAUGGCCGCCAGGCCGCGAGCUUCAUUCGCGUGGCCGCCGCAUUAGGCUGGCAGGUGCGGGCGCAGAUGCGCGACCUGAACGGAAUAGUCGCCCGCGAGCUCGCCGAGCUCGACAACGUCACCGUCUUCAUCGGCGCGCUCGAGGACAAGAAAUUUCUCGACGACCUGUUCCGCAGUGCGCAGUGCGCCUUCAUCAAUACCACGCACUGGGGAGACGAGGUUGCCAUUGGCCGAGCGCUAGCCGAUGCCGCAAAAAAGGCCUGCAUCCAACACUACAUCUACUCGAGCAUGCCCGACCACUCCGUCUUUGGCCACGGCUGGAAAGCCCUGCCCAUGUGGGCGCCCAAAUUCACCGUCGAGCAGUAUGUCCGCCAGAUUGGCCUGCCUGCGACGUUUGUCUAUUGCGGCAUUUACCACAACAAUUUUACCGGCCUCGAUUUCCCGCUAUUUUGCAUGCAGCAUCAGUAUGACGGCAGCUUUGUGUGGCAGGCUCCCUUUCACCCAGACCAGCCACUCCCGUGGCUGGACUCGGAGCACGAUGUAGGCCCAGCCAUUUUCCAACUAUUUAAGGAAGGUCCACGCAAGUGGAACGGCAAGCGGGUGCCUCUGGCCUUUGCCUCGAUGACGCCCAAGGAGGUCUGCAAGGCCUUCAGUACUGGUCUUCGGAGGCCAGUCCGCUACAAGCGGGGCCCCAUAAUGAUCAACGUUCCCACACCCGCAGGCUACCGGGAGCAUCUUGCCGCCCUCGAGUACACGCUGGGCGAGCGAGGCGCACCCUACUUUGGUCCUGAUCUCGAACCCGACGUCCCUACCGCCGCUCUAUCGCUAUGGGAAGGAAACCGCUCCAUGGAAGAGUACGCCCAGGAGGUCUUCCCGGUGGAGGAGGCCGCCAACGGCCUCACUUGGAUGGAAGAGGUAGAGACGCCUAGGAGAGAGAUUGAGAUCGACUUUGAACAAAUCAAUUGCUGA